AUGAAUUUGAUUUCUCGAACAUUGACUAAAGUUGUCUGUUCCUCAGUUUACCACUCGAGAGCAGCGAAACUCCCAACCCAAAAAUGGGUCAUUUCGCAGCAAAUCCGUUUAUGUACAGUCGCCGUCAGCGGUAAAAUCAACGGUGGAGGAAGGAAUCCUGGAGCUAAGGCAACGGUGCUUCCGCCGGAUGUUGCGGCGGAGAAAGAAUUGGCUCGACCGAAGGUGAUUGAGUACCAAAGGGAAAUAGCGAAUUGGGUUAAUCUGAUUGGAUUCGUUGAUCAAUCCAUUCAAUUCGAGUCUCAUUCCGAUGGAAAGUUCUGGGCUGGAACUGUUAUUUCCCAGCGAUCCGCUUCAAAAUCGUCGAACUUUUGGAUUCCGAUUAUAUURGAAGGAGAUUUAGCUAAGAUUGCAGCUCACCAUGUUAAGAAAGAUGAUCGGAUUCAUGUGUCUGGGAAGCUGUUUAUAGAUUCACCUCCUUCGAAUGUGACGUAUCCUCAAUCCAAUGUCCAGAUUAUGGUCCAAAAUCUCAACUUUGUGGAUGCUACGAUCUCACCACCUGAAAAAGAAAACAUCAGCACCAAGAAGCAGCCUGCAAGAUCCAAGAAGGUUAAAGUCAUAGAUGAAGAAACCUCUAAUGCUUGGAAGUACCUCCUUGAAAAGCCUAAAGAGUGGUUGGAUCACCGUGGGAAUAAAGCAAGUGGAUUGGUAAAACCAAAACAUCCGGACUUUAAGUGCAAGGAUGGUCGUCCUUCUCUGUGGCUCGACAGGGCUCCUGAUUGGGUUUUACCAAAACUCCAAGGGCUUGAGUUUGAUGUUUUUGUCCCUACAGUAAAACUGAAACAACUUAAAGGAGAGGAAUCAUGGAAGGAUUUGGCUGAGAACCCGGAUAAAUGGUUGGACUACCGAUCAGAUAAGACAAACCCGAAAGCCCCUGACUUUAAGCAUAAGGAGACUGGUGAAGCACUCUGGAUGACCGACUCUCCUACUUGGGUACUGUCAAAGUUACCACCUCUAAAGAAGAACCAAGAACGACCUCUCAUGACCAAUACUGUCUCGCAGCCAAUACCAAAACUACUUAGAAGUGAGGAAUCUUGGAAGGACUUGGUUCAGAACCCAGAUAAAUGGUUUGACAACAGAUCAAUCAAGACAAACCCGAAAGCCCCUGACUUCAGGAAUAAGGAGACUGGUGAAGUACUAUGGAUGAACAACUCUCCUACCUGGGUACUGUCAAAGUUACCACCUCUACAGAAGAACCAAGAACGACCUCUCAUGGCCAAUACUGUCUCGCAGCCAAGGAGGAAACUGCUUAGUAGAGAGGAAUUAUGGAAUGAUUUGGUUCAGAAUCCGGAUAAAUGGUGGGAUAACAGAUUAAUCAAGACAAGCGCGAAAUCUCCUGACUUCAGGCAUAGGGAGACCCGUGAAGCACUGUGGAUGAGUGAGUCUCCAGUUUGGGCACUGUCAAAGUUACCACCUUUAAAGAAGAACCAAGAAAAUCCUGUUAUGGCCAAAGGCUAA